AUGUGGCACAAUCACGAGACCGAUCCUCUACUCGCAAGGCAUUACGCUAUCAACCGGAAGCUCAAUCCAGAAGAAAAGGGGUUUCUCAAAGUUCUGUUGAGACACGACCGGCUGUCUAAUCAGGAGGUUGUUGAUGAAUUUCACAGUACGCGUCAUUUUUCCUACCUAUGAUCCAUAGCGAAAUUCGAUAAGGUUCUAACCUCAAGAGACGUAGCCAGGUAUAAAUACCUUAUGAAGAAGAAUGGAGACUUAUCAUGUACAGCGGAUAUACCGAAAGUGGAUUGUGAUUCUGCACACGGUAGCAUCAGUUUUAUUUUAAAACAUCCUUUCAGAUAACCGCAGCAUGCCUCUUCCAGAGAAGCAAGAGACCUGGCGAAUCUUGACGGAAAACGUUCGGCUCAUGCUGGAGGACUUUAACGAUGAACAGUUCAAAGGUCUUCUAAGUCAAGUUGAAGGUUUCUGUAGAGCUGUCAAGGCCGGUAAAUAUGGCGAAGCAGAGCCAAGUGAGUCUGAUUUAUGUCAAAGAUAGUGUUUUUAGUUCAGACUAGUCGAUCGAAGGAGUUUUGA